GUGUUCCACAUUAUGAUGAAAGAUAGUUUGUGAACUAUUCUGGUUUGGGAGCUGGUGACAAGGGGUUUUAAAUUACCACCCAUUUCUAGAGUCAAUAAGUUUACAGUUCUUGGUCAGCGGGACCCAGUCUUCAUUCACAGGAAGAGUGUGAGGAUGUUUCAACAACUCUGCCUCAGCCCUGGGAGUUUAUAAGACCAAAAUAACUGAUACUGUUUGCUGAGGCCCAUCUCAUAUUUCUGCCAUAGUGAAUUGUGGUUUGGCUCUGCUUUGAUGUGGUAAAUUAUUUCACUAUGUCUGUCAAGAUAUAAACCCAUAGAGGGCACAGAUGUCUUACUUUUCUUGUCCAUGGCUGCAUUCUCCAUCCUUAGCAGAGGUCCAGGUUCAAUGUUCAGUAAAUAAUGGUUGAAUAACACAGUGAAUGCUCACUUGUUUCUACUCAAUGAGAGCUUGUGGGAUGUUGUUGGGUGUGAUGUUUUCUUGGGUUCAGACUGGCAUAGUGAAUACAUCCACAGGUGUGAUAAAUCAAUAACAGUGUCAUUUAAAAUUCACCAUUUUCCCAAAGAAUUACAGUAUGUAAUGUGAUGGUCCUAAUCAGCCUUUCUAGGUUCCUGAGAUUCCCAAUCCCUCUUUAUCCCCAGGGUCUAGAAGAACAGUAUGAGGUCUAAGAACCAAAGCAAUGUGUCUGAAUUCCUCCUCCUGGGGCUCCCCAUCCCACUUGAGCAGCAGGCCAUGUUCUUUGCCUUGUUCCUGGGCAUGUACCUCACCACGGUUUUCGGGAACCUGCUCGUCAUCCUGCUCAUCAGACUGGACUCUCGUCUCCACACCCCCAUGUACUUCUUCCUCAGCCACUUGUCCCUCAGUGACAUCUCCCUUUCGUCUAUAACUGUCCCAAAGAUGCUGAUGAACUUGAAAACUCACCAUCGAUCAAUCCCCUACGUCGAGUGUGUGUCACAGGCCUAUUGCUUCAUACUUUUUGGUUGCACUGAUAACUUACUUCUUGCAGUGAUGGCAUAUGACAGGUAUGUAGCUAUCUGUCAUCCUCUGCACUACACCACCGUAAUGAAAGGUGAGCUUUGUAUCUUCUUAGUGUCUGGGUGCUGGUUAUUAUCUUGUGUCCAUGGCCUGUUACACACCCUUCUCCUGUCCCGCUUGUCCUUCUGCACAGAGACUAUCAUCUCCCACUUCUUUUGUGAUCUUGUUGCUGUGCUCAAGUCCUCCUGCUCAGAUACCUCUCUCAAUGAGCUGGUUAUCUUUAUUGAGGGAGGAUUGUUCUUCAUUGUGCCAUUGAGUGGUAUCUUGGGUUCUUAUAUCCACACGGCAGUCAUCAUCAUGAGGGUCCUCUCCGUCAAGAGAAUCUCCAAAGCCUUGUCUACCUGUGGUUCCCACCUCUUUGUGGUGUCUUUAUACUAUGGGACAGUUGCAAGUGUUUACUUUUUCUCUUCAUCAGACGAGUCCAAAGAUAAGGACAUAAUUGCUUCUGUGAUAUAUAUGGUGGUCAUCCCCAUGCUGAACCCCUUCAUAUACAGCCUGAGGAAUAAAGAUAUAAAAUGUGCUUUUGAUGGCUUUGUCAGGGCCAAGGAGCUCUCUUGAUGUCAUUAAUUCAAUUCUGUCACGGGCACUCAUAGGUACCAUCAUAUAUGUCUCCUUAAUAAUUGUGACUUAGACAACUACUAUCUCGAGCACCAUUCUACCAGUUUCACUUUAUCUUUCCUUCAUUUUGUUCACCUGAGUUUUAUUCCCCUCUCUCUUUUCUCUCUCUGCAUUUUGUGAGUUAAUGCUUCUGCAGUGAAGCUCCAACCCCUCCCAUACCCAGUGGUGUUCACUAUAAGUCUGUGCAUCUUUGAUACACACCCCCCGGGGCUUUGAGCAAUUUUAUUUUUCUCCAUUUU